AUGGCGAUGGGAUCCUUGAUUGAAUCGAAGGCUGGGAUGACGGGUUCCUGGACGAGGGAGAGAGCACCUUGCGAGCCACUGGGGGCCAGGAAUAUCCUCGGAACGUGGGUUACGAUUAGGCACCAGCGUCCUGGCAUGACGAGGCUCGAAAGGAAGUGGAGCGCUUGGGGGCAAAUUGAGGUAAUAGAUGGCAAGAAGGGUACCACCAGGCACCAAGAGUACAUCCAUCUAGACUCCGUAAAGGCCGGUGGCUCCUGGACGUGUAAUUGGCCGAGAAGCCAGAGGCAGCUGCGCGAGCCCACGGCGCAGGACCUAGCAAAGUGGUUUCACUGCCUCAAGAAUGGAAUACAGCGGAGCGCAGUGACCGAGGACUUUGCAUUAUGA